AUGGAUAUGGAGGACACCUCGUGGGCAGCCGUCUCCGCUCGCUGGUCCGCUGGAGUGCCCCCGCUGCCGCGCGAUGGUGUCCCUGCGCCAGUGUGGCUGGACGGUGUCAAGACAACACUGGAAUCCCAAGUCACCGAGGUGCAGUCCCGGCUGGACGGUGUUGAGAAAAGACUGGGGUCCCAAAUCGCCGAGGUGCAGUCCCGGCUGGACGGUGUUGAGAAAAGACUGGGGUCCCAAAUCGCCGAGGUGCAGUCCCGGCUGGACGGUCCUCAGGCGCAGCAUCGGACGCCCCGAGACUGCAGCGACCUGCCUGCCGGCUCCACCAGCGGCGUGCACCUGGUGCGGCCGGGACUGCGCCACCCGGUGCCGGUCUACUGCGACCUGGACACGGACGGCGGCAACUGGACCGUCAUCCAGCGGCGCGCAGACAUUCAGCCCCGACGCGACUUCUAUCUCGGCUGGGAAGCCUACAAGUGGGGAUUCGGAGGACUUGGCGCUGAAUACUGGUGGGGCAACGAGCACGUCUGGCGGAUGACAUCGCUGUUGGACCGCCAGUUCGAGCUGCGCGUGGACCUGGAGGACUUUGACGGCGAGACGAGGCACGCGCUGUACCAGGGAUUCACGAUUUCGUCGGAGGCGGACGGCUACCGUCUAACCGUGACCAACUACACCGGAGACGCCGGUGACGGCCUCGGUGAGCACUCUAGCCACCGUUUCAGCACCAAGGACAGGGAUCACGAUGGGUCUUCUGGGAAGUGCGCGGUUACCUACAAAGGUGCCUGGUGGUACACUAGCUGCCACUCCUCCAACCUGAACGGGCCGUAUCUGGCUGGUAAUCACACGUCGUACGCUGACGGUGUCGAUUGGAGACCGUGGCGAGGCUAUCACUACUCACUGAAGACGGUGGUGAUGAAGGUUAGGCCCUCAAACGGAGCGUGAUAUGUUUGUGCGAUAUUGAUCGACGACUGAGCGUACUGCCACUGAUGGGUCACGAACCCCCCCCCCCCCUCCCGGCGACAACGCUGGACAGUGACUGUAUAACUCAUAGCAACAGUGGGGAUUGUUGUACAUGGACGCAUUCGUGGGCCUAGCGUAUUUGUACUAGCAUGUGGUUCAUUGAAAAAUUCCGAAAGGUAGAAUAUACAAGUAGCCUGCUGUCUCAAAGCUGAGCAUGUCAGAUUCGAACCAUUUCUGACACAGAGAAAUCGCUUGGUGAAUUGGUAUGCGUAAAUCGUGUUUUCCUCUUCCUUCAGUUGUGUCUGCGCUCGGUCGUGACAAUUUCACUGGUGUGAGAAAUAAACACAGACGCCGUGUGUCAUCGAGUAUAAUAUAAUUGGGACUAGAUAAUACAGAAGUAUCGGCCUUAUUCCUCGGAGAAAAACCAGGAGAAUGGAGAUAUAAUUCAGUUGAUAUUUUAGCAGCAUGCCUUCAUCGAAACGACAG